GGAAAGGGCCCCUAAAGAAAAGCCAAAAGCGGUGACCCCAAAGUCUCGCCAAGGCCCCACAAAUGAGGCCCAGAUGGCGGCAGCUGCAGCCUUGGCUCGGCUGGAGCAGAAACCCAAGCCUCGGCUCCCUUCUUCCCAAGACGCCAUCAAGAAUCAAGUGAAAAAGGAGCUUCUGGCUGAAGCAGCAGUGAGCGAGCGAAGACUUUCUGCGGAUGACAAGGGGCCCGUGCCUGCAGUUGAGGAAGAAACAGCAGGACUGUCGGUGUCGGGGGUCUAUUUCAUUUGCCCACUAACUGGGGCCACCGUAAGGAAAGACCAGAAGGAAGCGCACAUAAAAGAGGCCAUCCUCUGUCAUUCCGCUAAAGACCCAGUGGCUGCUUCCAUCAUGGAGAUUCACACCUUCAACAGGGACCGAGAGAAGGUGAAACUUGGUGUUGAGACCAUUGCUAAAUACCUGGAUAACAUCCACCUCCAUCCAGAGGAGGAGAAAUACCGGAAAAUCAAACUGCAAAAUAAAGUGUUUCAGGAAAGGAUAAAUUCUCUAGAAGGGACACACAAGUUUUUCCAGGCCAUUGGGUUUGAGAAGGCAAUGCUGCCUGUUCCUGGACAAGAGACCACAGAAGAGUACUACGUGCUGAAGGAGGAAGUGUUGCCUAAGCUGGAGGAGCUCCAGGACUAUAAGGAGCAGCUGGUGAGUUCAGAGCCAGUGAAGGCCCAGUUGGAUCGCCAGCUCUGCGUUUUCAAACCUUCCCCUCAAGCUGCCCAGUUUGAGCUGCCCCACGAUUUCUACAACCUCACACUAGAGGAGCUAAAGCGAGAACAGCGGCUCCGGACGGAAGCACUGGAGAAGGCCUCUAUGCUGAGAACAAAGGCUAUGCGAGAGAGAGACGAGCAGAGGGAAAUGCGGAAAUAUAACUAUACGCUGCUACGAGUCCGUUUCCCUGAUGGAUACAUUCUACAAGGGACAUUCUAUGCGCGGGAGCCCGUGUCUGUGCUCUACACGUUCGUGAGGGAAGCGCUGCAGGAUGACUGGAUGCCCUUUGAGCUAUUUGUCCCUGGAGGUCUCAAGCUGACGGAAGAGAACGUGGCGUUCAAUGAGUGCGGGCUGGUGCCCUCUGCUCUUCUGACAUUUGCAUGGGAUGCAGCUGUCAUGGCAGACAUAAAAGCUUCAGGGGAAGAGAAGAAAGGAAGCCUGUUGAAACCAGAACUCCUUUCCGCUGUCCAGAUAUUGUCAUGAAAUAAACAGGAUUGGAUUCAGCGCUGUUGCCUCUAUGAUGUGCUGUUGCCUCGAGCAUGGAAAUAGAAGCUGCCUCACUGUCACAAACGUGUUUGAGGGAAGACUUCUGUUUUAGCUAGAGCACUCGAAGGCCGGGUCUCAGUAAGCAAAUGCUCAAUGCAUUAUCCCCUCCAGUCAGAUAGGAGUGUGUCUCUAAGGGGCUGCCACAGAGACACUGGUUUAAACAGAUUUAGGUCUGAAGACAGUCCUGCCCAGAAAAAACUUUACAUUUGCUGCUUUUAUAUAACUACUUAUUAAACAUCCAGAGUAAUCAAGAGCUUUUUAUCUUUUCUAGAACUACUAAAGAAAAAUCCACACUACUGAAGUGUAGCAAAGGACAGCUGCAGCGCUACCCUAUUGAGUUGUGAUGGUGGACAGGGCUAGUGUUUAGCUUUUCCUUGGUGCAUCUAUUGUACACAAUACAGAGCCUUGGUUGGAACACUAACUGCACACACUUGUUAGCCUCAUUAAAUGGAAUAUUUGGAAAUAGUUUCCUUGAGCCAAGUGAUUUGAGUUAACUUCCCUCCUGGUCCUUGUAGGCUUGAGCAAGGUAGGGUGUGCCAAGGGGGGGAUACCAAGCCUGUAUGUGACAGCAGUAGACUUCUAUUGCUACCUCUGGUUGGAGGGCAAAGUAGAGAUCAGGUGAGCAGGUAGGAAAAGCCACAGGUUCAACCUCUCUAAUCUGGCACUCCCUGGUCCAGCAUGGCUUUAGCUGAAUGUUCACUUACCAUGGGUGUGGCCAGGUUUCCCACAGUUCUGUACAUUUUGUUUAUAGCUAUGAGUACUGGCUCUGUGUUCUGUGCUGCUAUUUAGCUAAGAGUCCAGUAGGCAGUGGAAGUGUUGGUAAUGCCACUAGGCUAUUGACCUUCCGUGGCUUGGCACCUGUCCGGUCCUGAGGAUGCUGGACUAGAGGUUCAACCUGUAGUGAACUCGGCAUGGAGAAAUUGGAGGCAGAGCUGCUCUGGGGUGAUCUAAAACAAGUGCCGUGCUACAACUUGACGGAAAGGUCUACCCCAGCACCAGGUAGAGUCACUUUAAGUAUAAAAUUGUCAAGACUCACGUUCCUCUGAGAGUGACUUGAGAUGGUGGGAGUUAGGUCACUGGCUAUGCCUAAAGAAAGUGUGCAUAUUUAUACUUGUUCCUUAAUAUAGAUAUGACCCAGUGUGGCUUUAGUAUGCUGCUUAGUGUGUGUUCACUUUUCCUCCACUAGAGUUUACUAGUCAGCAUUUCCUCCAAAUGCUGGUAGGAGUAAAAUAGUAUGAAAAAGGAAACAAUUGAAAGUCUCUUCCCUCUCACUUUAACCUUCAGUGAUGGAGUAUGAGUUAACAGAGCCACUUGGUAGAAGUAGGUCUUAAAGAUUAAGGGGGGGGGGGGGGGUAGUUCUUGAAUU